AUGUCGUCCACCGCACCCGGCAUCGCCACCAUGGACGUGGCCAAGACCGAGACCGACUCGGCGGCGGUCUUCUACCCGUCGGCCACCCGCAACGCACCGGUCAUCCUCGACAAGUUGCAGGAGAUCCUGGCGACGCCGCCGGAGAGUGCGGCUCUGCCCGAGGCCCUCGAGGUGGUGGAGAUUGCCUCCGGCUCGGGCCAGCAUGCCGCGGCGUUUGCGACCGGCCUCGGCGACCGCAUCGCUGCCUGGCACCCGUCCGACGUGACCGAUGAGCUCGCGGCGUCGGUGGCUGCGCACGCAGCCGCCGCCAACGUGUCCGACAAAGUCCGUCCGCUGGUUGUGGCGGACAUGACUAACGCACGAUGGAUCGAGGCCUUUGGCUCCUCGCCGCACCUUGUGUACAACGCCAACAUGAUCCACAUCGCUCCGCUCGCCGCAGUCGACGGCCUCUUUGCCGGUGCAGGCCGCCUCCUUGCCGAUGGCGGCAUGCUCAUCACCUACGGCCCGUACAACGUUAAUGGCGCCUUUACUGCGCCUUCCAACGAGGCCUUUGACGCCUCGCUGCGGGCCCGCAACCCCGAGUGGGGCAUCCGCGAUGUCGCCGACCUUGCUUCCCGCGCAUCGGCCGCGGGCAUGGUCCUUGCCUCCUCCCACCCGAUGCCGGCCAACAACUUUGUCCUUGUUUUUGUCAAGCCCAGCGGGGGAGCAUGA